CUAAGUGAAAGUUUAAUAACAAAUAAAUCACAAUUUGUAUAUAAAUUAAGCAAAUCACGUAGACGAUAUUUUCUGUUUUUUAUUCUUCAUUCAUUUUUUUAUUCAAUUAAAAUCAGAGUAUUCUAUUCAACUUAUUAAAUAUUCUAUAUUCAAACACCUUGAUGGAUAUAAAGGAACUACAGUUUUCUAAUGAGGAUAAAAAGAAAAGUUACAGUUGUGACCUAACCACAGAUACAUCCACAUCCUCCAAAUCGGAUAGUAAUACAUCUUCAACAAUAAAUGUAAAUAAUAUAUCCCCAUUGCCUUCCUCAUCGUCAACCUCAUCAGUCAUAACAAUAUCAACUACAAGUACAAAUACUCGAAUAAAAAAUCAAAAUGUAUUGAAUAAUUCAACAACCUUUGGUUCACGUAAUCGAAGACAAGAUUGGUGUAAAUGGCCUAUUUGUAUUCAGUACCGAACAACUGGUUAUUGUCUAGGAUAUAAUCCUAAUGGUACAUUACCAGCAUCAUCACAAAUGUGUCAAGCUGCUCAUAUUGGUCCAAAUGAUCAAGUACCUUUAUCAUCAGAUGGUCAAGUUAGGGUUUGCUUUGAUUCGAUGGGAUUAGUAAAUCUUACUUGUAAUCGAUCUGAUUGCUAUUUUUAUCAUCCACCGAAACUAAUCAGAGAUAAAAUUGUCGCUAAACGACACGCGCAAUAUCUUCGUGAAAAAGUAAUUCGUGACGCUUCGAAAUCUCGUAAACUUAAUGGUCUACUAACGUUUGAGCAAAACAUAAAUGCUGGUAAUAAUAUUACAAGGAUUUCGCAAAAUAAACUGACAACACCAAAUAAAUCUUGUAAUCAAUCAGUAGUUCCUCAGGAGUUAAUUAGAAUAACGGAUAUUCAUUCAUCAUCAUCAGUUAUUAACAGAGAUAAUUUACAUAAUUUUUUACAUGAUUGCCAUGCUGAUUCCAUACAGUUGACAAAUCCAACUCACCAUCUUCUACAACAACACUCACUCCCAUCCUCAUCACUUCCACUACAUCAAUCAUCACAGCUAAAUCAACAAACAAAUUUCAAUCCAUUCAUUCAUUGUGGUACAACGAAUCAGUCAAAUUCCCAUCUAAUCCCCAACAGUAUUUCUUCAUACUUAUCAAAUAUUUUGUUGAGUAAUUUACUUUACAUUCCACCAUCUAGUAUUAAUUCAAGUUUAUUCCUACCUAAUCCUCGUCCAGUCCUAACAAAUACAACAAAAUCUCAAUUUCCCGAUAUAAAUCUGUUCUGUACACCAAAUCAAAUUGAUUACGAAAAGUUGUGCAAUCUAAUUUUGUUAAAUUCUACACCGUUAACACAGCCAAUUUAUUCGUCGAAUUUAACAACUUCAUGGUCUAAAUUAUUGGACACAUUGAUUAUGAAUAAUCCGUCAUUAUUCUUAGCUAAUAUACCACAAAAUACUACUAUACCAAUUAAUUCACACGCUAACUGUUUAACGUCUCAAUUCGUUGAUUCAAUCCUACCAUUCAAUUAUUUAUUGAAUGUACCAUAUUCAUCGACAACAAAUGAAAUAAACAAUACUUUACCAACAGCAUUAUUUCCUUUAAAUCAAGGAAUUGAAUUACUACCACAUGUAGGAAUGACAAAUACUGUUGAAAGUCAAUCUAAUAUAUCCUCCAUUAGUUAUUCUUCAGCAAUUUCACAAUCAUAUGUAAUGUCAUCGCCCCCAUCAUCAUCAUUAUUACUAUCGAAUACACCGAUAAAUCCAGAGAUUCUUCUACAAAACUCUCAAUUCUUAAUACCAAUCGACCAUACAUUAAAUGUGAAGUUAAACACUACUACAACAAAAUCAACUGUUAUAACUACAUCAAUAGGAUCACCAACAUCAUUAUCAACAACAACAACAACAAACAAUGUUUCCAUCAUUAAUUCUACUUAGAUAAUAUUAAGCAAAUAUAGAUUAUGGAUGAAUUUGGUUCAGGGAUUUUAUUCUCUAAUUUUGUUCAAUUCAUUUGAUCAUUAAUUAAAAUUAGAUUGUCGUAUGAACAAGAAAUGUG